AUGUUGUUAGGGGGACUAGGAAAAUUUUGUGAGCUGGAUGAGGACUGUGACGAAAUAAGCCAUGCGAAGUGUUCAAAAGAUCAUUAUUGUAUUUGCAGAAAAGAUAACGUCAGAAUAAAUGCGUGGACCUGCGCUCCAACUUUGGGGAGUUUUUGUUGGCAAGAUGAGUUAUGCGCUACUGAAAAUGCUCUCUGUAUUAACAAGGAAUGUCGAUGCACUGCUAAUUAUUUUUCGAACCACAACAAUCAAUGCAUACCCAAAAUUUUGGGAACCUCCUGUGAGACCGACGAAAUAUGUAAUAGUCAGGUUAAAUUUUCAAAAUGUUCUGAGGAUAAUAUCUGUACUUGCAUAUUUAAUACUAUUGAAAUUAAUCCGAGAUAUUGUGCUCCAACUUCAGGAGGAGUCUGUUGGCAAACUGAUGAAUGUGUACCAAAAAAUUUAGAAUGUAUUAAUAAUAUAUGUCAGUGCGAGCAAGGUACUGCAUAUGAUCCCACUGAACUUAAAUGUCGCUCAGCUUACUCUUAUCGUCCUAAAUUAACUGCAACCAGUUCUAAGUCUAAGUCAAUCUGUUCCGAUUUCAAUAACUGCAUGUGUUAUCAAGAAAGUUCUGAAUCGUUUUUCAUAUGCACACCAAUGGAUAAAUAUCACUGUGAGACAAAUGACUCCUGCUUAGUAGAAAACUCUUUGUGUAUUGAAGAUUUUUGUCAAUGCAAGCCGAGAUUUUUGCACAAAUCCCAAAAAUGUAUUCCUGCGUAUUUGAAUGAAUUGUGUAGUGACGAUAGUAAUUGUAACCAAAUUAGGCAUGCAGUGUGCUCAAAAGACAAAGUGUGCGUCUGUGAUGAGAGUCACAUUGAAUACAAUAAAGAAUUUUGUAAAUCUGUUAUUAACGGAUUCUGUUCAAGUGAUGCAGAUUGCUUAGCCGUCAAUUCAACAUGCAUUGAGCGUACGUGUCAAUGCAAACCCAAUAUGGUUAAAUAUACAAAAGACUUGUGUAUAACUCCCGAUGCUAAUUUGACUCUGAUUACAGGUCAAUUGGGAAUUCCGUGUGAAGACCACCUUGAUUGUGCAGAUAUACUGGGUAGUCAGUGUUCUAGCAACAAAAAAUGCGAGUGUCUAUUACUUUAUGAAGAAUAUAAUACCACAGCUUGUGCGCCAUUACUUGGCAGAAGUUGCUCGGAACUUAAACUAUGCGCAGUCACUCAUUCCAGUUGUGCAGAUGACAUAUGUAUUUGCGACCAUGGUUUCGUUAAGCAUUCGAUUGACAAAUGUGUACCACAUUACAUUGGGAUGGAAUGUGAAAAAAAUGAUGAUUGCCGGUUGCUAUUAGACUCCAAGUGCAUAAAUUACGUCUGUGCUUGCCGAGAUAAUUAUACUCCUCUGAAUGCUACAGUUUGUGCUCCACAACUGGGCGAAUAUUGUAGAAUGGACCAACAAUGUGCAGCAGCUAAUUCUAUUUGCAUUAAAAAUAAGUGUAAAUGCCAACUUCAGUAUGAAUCGAUAGACAGAAAUCACUGCCUGAGAACAAUGUUUUCAUCAGUUGCAGGACUUGAUAAGUUUUCAUGUGACCAUGACGGUGAUUGCAAUGAUAUAAAAUAUUCUCACUGUUCUCUUGACAAAGUAUGUAGCUGUAAACCAAAUUAUUAUUAUUAUUAUGUACCUUUGGGAAGGACAAAAUGUGUAGGACUUAUUGGCGAAAUCUGUGAUUCAGAUGACGAAUGCAUUUCUUAUAAUUCAGUUUGUGUCAAUCAUAUAUGCCAAUGUCUUGAAGGGCUUUAUGCUCCAACAAAAUAUCAAUGCGAUAAAAUUUCGCUGGGCUCAAAUUGUCAGGCUAAUGAGGACUGCUCAACGUCAAUAAUAAAUUCUGAAUGCUCCAGUGGCAAAGUAUGUGUUUGUCAUAAAAAUUAUAUCGCCUCUAGCAAAUUUGAAUGUUGGCCCACUUUAUUCGAGAAGUGUUCGAUAAACAAAGACUGCCAAUUCAAUAAUUCAGCUUGCUUUGAAAAUAAGUGUCAAUGCCUUCUUGGUUUCAGAGCUGUGUCAGAAAGCCAAUGUAAACCAAUUGAUUACAUGUACCCAUGUGAUACAGUGUUAGAUUGUGGUGAUCCUUGGCACUAUCAAUGUGAUCGUUUGGAUAAAAGAUGUCGAUGCAACGUUAAUCAUUUUUCAAUAAAUAAAUCAACAUGUAUGGUGCUUUUAAAGGGUUAUUGUUGGAGUGACAGUCAAUGUUUAGUCAAUAAUGCGGCAUGCAUUGAUUUUCACUGUCAAUGCAAAGAAAAUUUCGUUGCUGUUUCUGUGUCAAAUUCAACUAUGUUGACUGUCAAUCAUGAACGAGUUUAA